GAUUACUCGCUCCGCAGCAAGUUUAGUGUGCACUGGUCAAAAAUUUUCCCGUAUAUAAAGUUCCCUGCCCCUCAAGUGACAGUCUACCAGUACUCUGCGCGACGCGAGUGAUUACUAGUCUCAGUCCCUCUCUGACAAACUUAAUAGUCUUGUUGUACUUGAAUCUUCACCAUGAAACUCACGUCCGCCCUUGUGCUUUCGUUCAUCGCCACUGCGCAAGCAGCAACAUCAAUUUCUAGCCCAGUCCUGCCCAGCGGAAUCCCAGCAACAAGCGGCCUGCCUUUGAGCACCCUCUCUCUUGACACCACAGCUUUUACUUCGUUUCUUUCCUCCAUCCUCUCAUCCGGCACCAUUCCCACUUCCCUUCCCACCACCCUUCCUACUUCCCUUCCUACCACCCUUCCUACUUCCCUCGGCACUCUUCCGACCGUAACGUCUCCUUCGUCCGGUGCAUCUACAUCAACUGCGACAAGUGCACCAGCUGCGACAACCUCUAGCGGUGCAGGACGAACAGAAGCGGGGCUGGGGUUGGGAUUGGCUGCCGGAGCUGCUGCGGGCUUGCUUGCGUUGUUCUAAUUAAUGAGUACAUUUUUGGUGGUAACGCAUGUACGUAUUCAUGCGGGAAAAUUACGUUCAGGAAUAAAAGUCGAAAGGUCUCACGUGUGCUGCGGGGCCUAUAUCUACGAUAUUGAAAUAGACUUUUAACGGAUGCGCACCUCGGCAGCUGUGCAAGUUAGUUCUCCUGUGUCGAAAUGGACUCGAUCCUCGGCGUGUCAGCGCUUCAGCUUCAGCAACAACCUCCAUGAAAAGAAGUUACCUUGUAAUCCUCUGUCAUCCAGAGCACUGGCCACAGUGCUGUCUUCCAUGGACUCUAUUUCAAAUUUCAGCUCCCACCCGAUACACCACAAGACACGAGCUUUCUGUAUCUUUGCUGGUACUUACCUGUAGCAGACACAA